GGUGAAGGGAGUGUGCCGUUGAAUUUCACUCAGAGCCCGGCACGUAUAAUUAGCUAGUUUUUUACUUCUGUUUUGUUCCUCCUUGCAGAACAGUACUCAGAGGCUUAGUAAGUACUGCCUUUCAGGCCCCAUAAUAUGUCCUUGUGCCUCCUACAUGCCUGGAAUGUGUGUAGGCUGCACAGGGGCCCAGAAAGGAGAGUCCUUUGUCACAGCAGGAGGAAGCCUUGUCCUGUCUCUUGCACUUAGCAAUGCCUCAUCAGAAGCUUUCGGCGUUUAUUGAUGCCAUCUGCAAUUUUGUCAUUUGCAAUGAUUCUCCCCUACGAGGUCAGCCUGUUAUCUUCAAUCCUGACUUUUUUGUGGAGAAACUCCGACAUGAGAAACCAGAGGUGUUCACCGAGUUGGUGGUCAGCAAUAUCACAAGACUUAUUGAUUUGCCUGGAACUGAGCUGGCUCAGCUGAUGGGGGAAGUGGACCUUAAGUUGCCUGGUGGGGCUGGCCCAGCGGCAGGAUUCUUCAGGUCUCUAAUGACACUCAAGCGGAAGGAAAAAGGAGUGGUAUUUGGAUCUCCACUGACGGAGGAAGGCAUUGCCCAGAUAUACCAGCUGAUUGAAUAUCUGCACAAAAACUUGCGAGUAGAGGGCUUGUUCAGGGUACCCGGCAACAGCGUCCGGCAGCAGCUUUUGAGAGAUGCUCUCAAUAAUGGAACUGAUAUUGACUUGGAUUCGGGAGAGUUUCACUCAAAUGAUGUUGCCACCCUGCUGAAGAUGUUUCUAGGAGAGUUACCAGAGCCCCUGCUGACCCAUAAACAUUUCCAUGUACACCUCAAAAUUGCUGAUUUGAUGCAGUUUGAUGAUAAAGGAAAUAAGACCAACGUACCAGACAAGGAGCGGCAGAUUGAGGCCCUGCAGCUGCUCUUCCUCAUCCUCCCUCCUGCCAACCGUAACUUGCUGAAGUUACUGCUUGACCUCCUGUAUCAAACCGCGAAGAAGCAAGACAAGAAUAAGAUGUCUGCCCACAACCUUGCCCUUAUGUUUGCACCUCAUGUCCUGUGGCCCAAAAAUGUCACUGCAAAUGACCUUCAGGAAAAUAUCACAAAGUUAAACACUGGCAUGGCUUUUAUGAUCAAACAUUCCCAGAAACUUUUUAAGGCUCCUGCUUAUAUUCGGGAAUGUGCCAGAUUGUACUAUUUGGGCUCCAGAACUCAAGUAUCAAAGGAUGAUCUUGAUCUGACAACCUCGUGUCAUGCCAUGUCCUUCAAGCUGGCAAGAUCUCAGAAACGGAACAGGGUAGAUCCUUGCUCCCAACAGGAGGAGACCCAGCAACACACAGAAGAGGCCCUGAGGGAGCUCUUCCAGCACGUGCAUAACAUGCCAGACUCAGCGAAGAAGAAACAACUUAUCAGACAGUUCCAUAAGCAGCCUUUAACUCAAACUCCAGGGCAAGAACCUUCUACUCCCAGAGUCCAGAAGAGAGCCCGCUCACGCUCCUUCAGUGGGCUGAUCAAGCGCAAAGUCCUGGGCAAUCAGAUGACGUCAGAAAAGAGAAACAGCCCCCCUACUCCAGAGACUGUGGCCAUGGGAGAACUGAAGAGAGCCAGCAAAGAGAAUAUGAGCUUGUUCUUCUCUGGCUCCCCAACUGUCACAAUGACACCAACAAGACUGAAGUGGUCUGAGGGGAAGAAAGAGGGAAAGAGAGGAUUCUUCUGAAGGAUCUGCUACUUCUCCUGUCAUCCACGAUGAAGUUUCUCUGUAGUGGGAUAGGUGUUAUUUCUGUUCUCAGCGAAGUUUGGU